AUGUUUCAGAUAAGAAAGAAAAAGGCGCUUAGGGUUUUCGCCGGCGGCGGCCAGCUGGCGCUCGCGGCGCUUGGCGGCGGGGACCCACGUGCUCUUGACGUGGGUGGGGCAGGGGAAGCCGCGGCUCUUGCAGCAUGUCCGGCAGCGCAUGUGGACGCAGUCCUUCUUGGCCUGCUGCCCGACCCGUCGUCCGCCCCGCCGACCCGAAACCCUAACCCGCCCGAUCCGGAUGGGUUGGCGCUGGCGGGAGCUUCUGCUGCUGCUGAUGAUGAAAUUGGUAGCCGUGCUGCCAUAGCUCGAAGCCCUUGCUGUAGAUCUCCUCGUUUUUGGACAGGAAUUGGCUGUAGUUUGGUUCUUGUUGAUCUUGCUCGUGCUGGGUUUUGCCGCCUAGAGAGAAAAAACCAGACAUUUCGAGUUAAAUUAAAGAAUGGGGAAUUGGGAUUUGGGAGUAGAGAGAGAGAGGAAGAGGGGUGUGGGAAUUACUGGACUGGAGCUGACAGGGCGGAGAGG